AUGGAAGGAGAAGAAAUAAAAUCUCAAGGAAAACCAUGUAGCGGAUGGAAAUUCCAAUGCACAAGGCUUUAUUCCUACAUAGCACUCCUUAUUCUAUAUGCAUUAGUAUCUUUUCAUAAACAAUGUACUUCAGUUUUAUCAAAGAAAAUUUCUGCAACAUAUGAAGUUGAAGAAAACAAGAUUAGCGUAUUUUCAGCCAUUUACUUUUAUCCCUAUGCUUGCACUCAGCCAUUUGCAGGCUUAUUUGCAGAUCUUUUAGAUCCUGCCAUUGUUGUUGGUGUAUUUAGUUGCAUGGCUUCAGUUGGAUCUAUCAUUUGUGCUGCAUCAACAUCACUUGGCGUUGGAAUUUUCGGUAGAUUUCUCGUUGGUUUAGGUUGUGGACCAACAUAUGUUUCGACAUGCCGUGUUAUUACAAAUUGGUUUAAACUCCAACACUUAUCAAUCUACAUGGGUAUCCUUGUUGCCGUUUCUGGCCUUGGCGGCAUCCUUGCUGCAUUACCUCUUGCAUUAUUUGCAGAUAAAUAUGGUUGGAAGGCUGCUUUGUAUGGUAUUGGUGGAAUAGGUGGAGUUCUUUCCAUUUUUAUCCUUAUUUUCGUUAGAGGAAGCCCAACAUCGAAAGGAUACGAACCAGUUAACAGUCAGCUUGCAACAUCAGGUGAACCAAUGCCAUUUAAGGAGAAAAUGGUAUUACUAUGGACAAACUUUAAGACAGUCCUCGCUUACGGAUAUUUCUGGGUUAUUACAGUUUUCAACGCAACUUCUUCAGCUCCUUACUUCAACGUUGCUGGAUAUUGGGGUGGCCCAUAUCUUACAGCCGUUCUUGGUUACGAUUCCAAGAAGAAAGGAACAACUUUGAUUUCUUGCUCUGUAGGUGUUAUCGCUGGAUCUCUUAUACUUCCUCAUCUUUCCAAUCUAUUACAUACUAAGAAAUGGAUCCUUGUUGCUGCAGAUGCUUUAGCUCUCGCUUCAAUAAUUCCGUUAAUGAUUCAUGGUGAAAAUAUUUCGAAUGGUGCUAUCUGGGCGAUUUACACAAUCAUUGGAUUCUUCACUGCCCCUUGCAUUAGUAUAUCUUACCCUCUUCUUUGUUCGUAUUAUCAUCCAAAAGUCGCCGGAUCUUCAGUUGGCCUUGGCAAUUUCUUCAUUUUCAUGGCUGCUGCUAUAUACCAGCAAAUUUCCACUCUUGGUUUCAGGCAAAAGGACGAAAAUGGAAAAGCAAUUCAAGAUUGGUAUGGUUACAAAUGGGGACUUUGGUUCUUCUGCAUUGUUUCACUUGCAAUUUCCCUUAUUGCUGCUAUUCUUGCCAAAGAAACUAAAGCUCCAACAGAGGAUUCCAAAGAAUUAGAUAAUUCGAAGAAUAUGCCUGAGAUGAAGAAAGAAGGAUCAUCAGAUGUUGGUGAAGACUCAGAAGGUAUUGAAGAUUCAGGAUCUGGUGUCGAAGUUUAA